CGUUACCAGUGACAGUUUCUUAUCUCUAGGUCUGGGUAACAUUUAUCUUCUACAGCCAAGGUUAAUGAUUCAUGGUGGAAGCUAAUCUCUUUUAUUGAUAUAUAACAGUUCAUGUUGGUAUUGACCGUAUGUCAACACUUGGCAGGUCGGGUCUGGACAGUGACCAAACAGCCGGUCGGUCGGCGGUAGUCACGACUGUUCUGUGGUAGCGUCAAUCCUCCAUUCGCGUCAGAAAUUGUUAAAACUUUUCAUAAUAAGCACGAAAAAGCUUCAACGAUAGAUUUGCUCUUCGGUGUGAUUGUAAUUGACAAGUCGUCUGAGUCCCAAGUGAUCUAGAGGCUUCUGGAGGAACAUAUGGCACUCGUGUUCUACGCCGUGUUCUCCCAUGAAUGGAUGACGACACGUGCACACAAUGUACCCCUGCUCACCUGCAGUGACAUUUGCACAAUGGCCGUCUCUUUACUCAGCUUGAUAACCCAACACUUAAGCAACAGCAACAGAUUUAGUUUAAUUACAGGAUAGCAAUAGGCCUUCUUCAUAAAAGCUUACUUUAAUUGUUUUCUGGUCAACUCCAGAUAAACAGUUUUACGACUUUGCACUGCUGAAUCUCAGAAAUCCUGUUUUAGACAGGGCAUCCUGAAGAGAAGCUUAUUAUUUAUUUUACCUAGUACCUCUUAAUUUUACCAGCUGCUGACUAGAAAUAGCACCGUAUUAAUAUUUUUGAGAUUCAUUCCCUUUAAGAUUUUGAACCAAUUCUUUAGAUUUCAGUCAUGGUUUCCACAACUGCAGCUACAAUAUUGGUAGCCAGCACAGUAGCCGCCGCCAGCUAUACUCCACUGACAGAGUACCUAUGGCUGCUAAUUGUUGGCUUCAUCAUUGCCUUCAUUUUGGCCUUCUCUGUUGGUGCCAAUGAUGUUGCCAACUCAUUUGGAACAGCUGUGGGCUCUGGAGUGGUCACCCUGCGUCAGGCUUGCAUUCUGGCUACGGUCUUUGAGACUCUGGGUUCUGUUCUUCUUGGAGCCAAAGUGAGCGAAACCAUCCGUAAGGGUAUCAUCGAUGUGAACAUGUACAAUGGCUCCGAGCACAAGUUAAUGGCUGGAUCAGUCAGUGCAAUGUUCGGUUCUGCUGUGUGGCAGCUGGCUGCCUCCUUCCUCAAACUCCCCAUCUCUGGAACACACUGCAUUGUUGGUGCUACUAUUGGCUUCUCUCUGGUCGCCAAAGGCCAGCAGGGAGUCAGAUGGCUUGAACUUCUUCGAAUUGUUGCUUCCUGGUUCCUGAGUCCCCUCCUGUCUGGAUUCAUGUCGGCUGUUGUUUUCUACUUUGUGCGAAUUUUCAUCUUGCACAAGAAAGACCCAGUACCUAAUGGUCUGAAGGCCCUGCCUGUGUUCUACGCCAUCACCAUGGGAAUCAAUUUCUUCUCUAUCAUGUACACUGGAGCUCCGAUGCUGGGAUUUGACAAGAUCCCGUGGUGGGGCAUCCUGCUCAUCUCAUUGGCCUUCUCCCUGCUGACCGCCAUUGUAGUUUGGUUUAUUGUCUGCCCUCGCCUCAAGAAGAAGAUUGAACGAGACAUCAAAUCCUCCAGCCCCUCUGAGAGCCCCCUAAUGGAGAAGAGGGAGUUGAGAGAGGCCCACUGUCCAAUCCUGAAACAGGCCGCCAAGGAAACGUCCACUGUUAUCGCCGUACCUGCCGAUCAGAGCCCAGCUGCUCAGCCCCAAGCGCCCUCUGAGGAGCGCAGGGUCACGUUUGACAUUGGAGAUUCUGACGACGUCGACAAUAAAGAACGCAAGGUGGCAUUUGACAUCGGAGAUUCUGAUGACACUGAUUGCAGCAACUCUGUCAAUGCUUCUAAACAAGUUCAGGCCAACAACCACGUACAGAACCAGCAAACUCCCUACAGCAAUGGACAGGCAAACGCCUCUCAUAAUGUCCAGUUCAACAAUCAAGUUCAGUUUAACAACCGGCCGUCACAGAUACCUAACAGUGGCUACAGCCAGUACCACACAGUCCACAAGGACUCCGGCCUCUACAAAGACCUCCUGCAUAAGCUCCAUCUGGCUAAAGUUGGGGACUGCAUGGGGGAGGGAAACGACCGACCAAUCAGACGCAACAACAGCUACACCUCCUACACCAUGGCCAUUAUUGGCAUGCACGCAGACUUCAAGCAUAAAGAUGGUGAUUUCCGUGCCAGCGAGGAUGGUGAGAAGGGCCCUGGUGGUCCGGAAAGGAAGCGCAUUCGUAUGGACAGUUACACAAGCUAUUGCAAUGCUGUGGCAGAGCACACGACACCUGAGGGCCUGGGAGAGGGCGAGGCGACGGUGGAAAUAGGGAGGGAGGACACAGGGAGCACCCAAAGUUCUCUGGAUGAUGACAGACUGGACUCUGACAGACCAGAAGUCUCGACUCUUUUCCAGUUCCUGCAAAUUCUCACUGCCUGCUUUGGAUCAUUUGCACAUGGAGGCAACGACGUUAGUAAUGCAAUCGGACCAUUAGUUGCUCUCUGGUUAAUUUAUGAAACCAGCAGUGUGAACUCAAAUAUGGCUACACCCAUUUGGCUCCUGCUGUAUGGUGGCGUUGGUAUCUGUGCCGGUCUUUGGGUGUGGGGUCGCAGAGUGAUUCAGACCAUGGGUAAAGACCUCACUCCCAUCACCCCCUCAAGUGGUUUCAGCAUUGAACUGGCCUCUGCUCUGACUGUGGUGGUAGCCUCAAACAUCGGCCUGCCUGUUUCCACCACACACUGCAAGGUUGGCUCUGUUGUUGCAGUUGGAUGGCUGCGCUCCAGGAAGGCAGUCGACUGGCGGCUGUUCAGGAACAUCUUCAUGGCCUGGUUUGUGACUGUGCCCAUAUCUGGCCUGAUCAGUGCCGCCAUCAUGGCCCUCUUCAUCUAUGGCAUCCUGUAAGGGUUCAGCCGCAUACCCUCGAAGUAGGAGGGGAGGAAAAGAGACGUCACGUUGAAAAAGGCCACAACACAUUGCUUACCUCAAGCCAUCAGAGAAGAAGAGGAAUGACGAGAGAGUUGUGCAGUUGGACGAGUGAAAUGGGUCUGUGGUUUUUGGCUCUUUUAUCAACCUGAAAUUUGCUGUUGUUUCCAUUUGAUCUGAUUAACUUCCAGUGGGAAGUUUGCAUUUCCUUUAACUUUUUUGACUUGCUUUUUCAUAUCUCGUCAUUCAGUAGAGAGCAUUGGCUGAUUUUUUGUUUUUCUUGUUCUUUUGUUUAAAUAGUCAUUCUACUACUUUUUUUACUUCUAAAUUAUGUACAUACAAUUCUGUUUAAAAAAAAUCAUUUGUUUUUACACAUACCACACUGUACAUUGAAAUGCAGUAUUAGCCCCUUGCAGCUAUAACUACAAUCACAACACAUACUUAAGGUAAUGUAGAUGCAAAAGAACCAUUUAGUUUAAAAAAAUGUAUUGGUGUGUAAUUUGUAUUUGGCUUCUUUGCAUCCCCUAAUAAUACUGAUGUUGUUACUGUUAAAGAAAAAGGCCUUUUGUCUAAAGUCAGAUUUCAAAAAUUCCAAGACAGCAGUUAGUGUAAGUGCAAAUGUAAUGAUUGUAGACACUGGAUAACCAGCAGCAGGAAAUGACCAGGCCUUAAAACUGCUCUAAGGUCCUGGAUUUAAAACCUCCUUGGUUACCACAUUCUGUACAGUGAGAUAAUGAUGACUUGAAAUACAUUGAAGACUAGAAUUUUAAAAAAAAUGUUGUGGAACUUCAACAAAUGCAAAACUGUACUGAACAGAAAAACCCUUCAACUCCUGUCUAAACUUGAUGGCAUUGAUGGUGAAAUGCUUUGGGUUCUGCUUCAGCCUUGUUUUUCUGGAUCACCUCUUAUCACCUGCCUCCCAGUUCAGUUCACGUUGCACCAGUCAUCCUGCUGAUCUUUCUGUUCCUCCUGCUGACCUGGAAAGCUGCAAUAAAAGCUUCCAAGCGAGGAGAAACAGAAACUUAAAAACUGGAAGUUAUCACGGCGCUGUGGCGUCAGCUGUUCUGGCGGGCAGAUAUAUGUUGCAUGCCACCAGCGUGUGGUCAUUGCUGCAGAACUAAAAUGCAUUUCAUACCUAUAGAUGCUGUAGUUGCCUUAAUCGUUUUAUUUUCCCUUUAGAUACCAAAGAAGAGGUUGAUUUGUUUUGUUUUGUUUUAAAUACACAUCAACAUACAUUUGUCCAUAUUUAUGGAUGUAAAAGAAAAAGUUAAAAAAAAUAAUAAAACUGGGAAAAUAA